CUAAAAAGUUGCGUAGUCCCCAAUCGGUAAUGAUGGAACCCGUCACGUGCACGUUUCGCAUUAACACUUCCGGGUUUGCGAGAUACUGGCGGUGAUUGAAGACAAAUGUUGGCGAAGCGAUGUUGCAUGCAACGAUACAAUAACAUUUCCACUAGUACACUUAGAUAUCGAACACACAUGUCACGAGUGUUCGCUAUAUCGGACAUACACGUCGAUCACCCAGCCAAUUUAGACUGGAUCAACGGCUGGUCUGAUCAAAGGUAUCGAGACGAUGUUCUCAUCGUUGCUGGGGAUGUCACCGAUUACUUGCCUUUGCUUGAAUCGACGUUGUCCUCUUUCAAGAAGAAGUUUAAAUCAGUAUUUUAUGUACCAGGUAAUCAUGAAUUAUGGCUGAGAAAAAACCCACGACCAAGCCAAAUAUCUAACACCCUUAUGGAUUCAAUUCAGAAAUUCCAACACAUACUAUCCAUCUGUGACACUAUAGGAGUUCACACAACACCUCAGAGCAUUGCAUGCGUGGACAACACCCAAGUAAUGAUUGUACCAUUGUUUUCCUGGUACUCAACCCCGGAGACAGACGAGGUGGAUUCACUUUAUCUAUCAGGACCACAUCCGGACAAUGUUGAGAAAAUGAACAAAAUGUGGAUGGACAAUCAUUUCUGUGUUUGGCCGCACUUGGAAACAACGAUAUCUAAACACUUCGCUGCAUUGAAUAACAAGCAUGUUAAACAAUAUAGCAUUCCUGUCAUCAGCUUCAGUCAUUUUCUACCAAGACAGGAUCUGAUUUUGGCUUGUAAAAAGGAUGAGGAAGCAGUUGCUAGGGAACAAGACCUGUUGUCCUUGGGGAAGCAGAACCUUCCACGACAAGGUUCUACGAUUGGGUUUAACUUCACAAGGUUUGCUGGAUGUAAGAUUCUGGAGACUCAGAUUAGAAGGCUCUGUUCACAAGUUCACGUGUAUGGUCACCAGCACCGGAAUCGGGAUCGUGACAUUAAUGGUGUGAGAUAUGUGUCCCACUGUCUGGGUUAUAAAAGGGAACGUGAUCUUGGGCUAAUGUGGGGUUUGGUGGACUGGGAAGGACCAAAGCUAAUAUGGCCAUUGCAGUGA